AACCAAGCUGAAUAAGACUCCUGCGGACAGCAUGGCCCUGUCCCUUUGUCUCCCUCUGUUGGCUGUGCUCCUGCAGCCUGCUGCAUCUCUUUACAACUGCUCGUCUCAGUACGAAAGGACCCCUGACAACUCAGACAUAAUAGUUGAGUGUGGCACACAUACAAUCACCCUGGAGAUCAACCUGUGUACGGCUCAAUGGGCAGGCUUCAAUGCCUCUAACUUGGCACUCAAUGGGAACCACAACAACACACAAUGCCAGGGGUCUGUGGACGACAGUGUGGACCCUCCAAUCAUCCGGUACCAGCUUCCUGUUAACAACAGUCAGGAUAAUCCUUGCCGCCAGUCCCUGCAGAUUGUGGAUGAAGCCCCGGAUCCAUCAGGCCCCUUCAGUAGCUUCUCAAGUAUCCAGUCAGUUAUCAUCACAGGAUACGUUGAUACCCCCAGAUCUGAUGUCGGGUUGAUCAGCUACUCAACAGACCUCUAUUAUCAUUUCUCCUGUCGUUACCCUCUGGAAUAUCUGAUCAACAACACAGAAAUUGUUGCCUCCUCAGUCUCGGUGGCAACUAGUGAAAACAAUGGAACCUUCAUUGAUACACUCAAAAUGGGUGUUUAUAAUGAUUCUGACCAUAUCUAUCCAUUGGUAGUGCCCUCAACAGGACUUGAGCUACGAACCAGGAUCUUUGUGGAGGUCAAGGCUGUGAACCUCACAGGAAAUUUCCAUUUGCUGCUGGAUCACUGUUUUGCGACUCCCACUCCUUACAACAUGUCUCAGAGUGAGCAGCACAACUUUUUCACUGGAUGUUCAGUCGAAGACAGGACAACUAUGACCAACAACGGUCUUUCCACUGUUGCCCGGUUUAACUUUGAGGCCUUCCGCUUUGUUCAGCAUCGUGACAGGGCCAAGUCCAGCAUCUACUUGCACUGCAUACUGAGGCUCUGUGAACCGACUAAUUGUCAAGUGCUGCUGUCUUCUUGUAAUGCCAGAAGAAAACGGUCUUUGAGUCCAUUUGGGGAAGAAACCAACGACUCAGCCACUGUCUCAGUUGGACCUCUUUACACGGCUAGAGAAGAUGUACCAAAUGCAGCUGCCUACAGUAAUAAUGUGGCUCCAGGGAAGGAUGACGUAGACGUGGCAGGUCUGGUGGUGGGGAUGGUGUUUGGAUCAGCUGCUGCUGCCUUACUGGUUCUUGGUGGCUGGUUUGUCCUGAAGAAGUAUUAUUGGGUUGGAGGACGAUCUCAAGCAUUUGAAUGAGCUUUCAAAUUGUCUUGGACUUUUUAUCUCUUGCCAGGUUGUAAUUUAGGGCACAAAAUUAGAUUUUUGUUGUUGAUUAAUCUUAAUACCAGAUGUUCUUGACAAGUGACCAUGUAAUUCAAGCAAGUGCUUUUUAUUUUUUAAUUAUUUUUAUUUUACAUGUGUGUACUAGUGCAUUUAACAGUCACUUAACAGUUAGGAAGGAACAGUAAACCUGAACUGUGAAAAAGAAAAGUUAGUUCUGUAAGCUAUUGAAAAAAAACACAGAAACUUUAAUGAAGGUAUACGUUUUCUUUUAUAAUAAAUGUACAUCUCUCUGCAACAUGUAUUGCACAUAAUCUCUAAUCCAUUGCUUAAAGCACUUUUGAGUAAAAUGGAGUGUCUGUCUUAAA